GGACUACAGGCGGAAACCGGAACCUUCCUCUCCUGCAGACCCUGCAUCCAUGUGCAGAUGGUAGAAAACAGACGGAGGAGAAGAAAGAAGAUGAGAUGAGUUUGAAGUGUUUGCUGGCUAACCGAGAAGCCAACAUUUUGACAAAUGGAGGAUCGUACGUGUUAUUUAGCAGAAGAAAAAGCGACGGAGCGAAAAGAGGAAGAAGUGAAACUAAAUGUGGACAGACGACGGCAGAAAACAAUGAUCAACAUCGGUGCGGCCUUCCCCAAAUGGAAAUCUCUGAUGAGGGACAAAUGUUUUCAGAGUGACGCCGAAGUUGCCUGUUUUCUGCUGCACAGCUAUGAGAGAGGAUCUGCAGCAUCGACUCCCAUGAAGGAAACACCUGUUCAACUCACAGCUGCAGCAGUGUCUAGCAUCGGUGCUUCUGGAAGGAUGAACAGCUUACAGGACAUGAGCAUGGAUGAGAAGCACAAUGUUUUCAGUAACCCCUUGAACAGUGUAAUUGAUUGGACAGAUGAAGGCUCCUCUUCCUUUCAUGAAAAAGAUGAUGGAGAUAAAGAUGACAGCUCUGAUGAAGAGGAUCUUCCACCCAUUUGUAUACGAAUGGGUGGAGCAUUAAAGAAAGCACCAUCGAUCGAUCGACUUCCAGUUAUUGGAACGGGCGAGGCAGCGCAUGACCAGCCUGCACGUGAAGACCCUCCUGAUGAGGCUUCUCCCUGUGAUCAGGACCCUGUUUUCCCAUCCCCACAGCAGGUCCUUUGUGAAGAUGACAUCGUUGGUGCCAGAGCUUCAAUAGUAUACGAGGACUGCUUGAGACAGCUGGCUACAUUUCUGAUCCUGCCUGUGAAAAAAUGUACAGGCCUUUUAAAGACUGGUGUGGUGUGUGACUGUGUUGCCCCCUUUGAGAUCAACAUCACUUCCAAGGGCACAGCAACGAGUGUCGAAUGGAUCUGUCCCAAUGGACACAGCUUGUGGAGGUGGAAUUCCCAGCCUGUAAUGAAGUGUGGGACGCAAGCUGGAGAUUUUCUCUUGUCCACCAACAUUUUGUUGUCUGGCAACGACUAUGCGAAGGUCGCCCUCUUGUUCAAGUUCAUGAACAUGGGGAUGGUGAAGAAGAACACCUUCGUGUCCAUUCAGGACGCUUACUGUGUGGACACAGUGAAGAGCUUCUGGGAAGAGAGGAGGACUGAGGCCCUCAGUGGCCUUCAGGGGAAAGAUGUUGUGGUCCUAGACCCAGAUGAAGGCAGAUGCAAGGAUCUUGGAAUCCAUCACAGUCAGGACAUGUGGCAUGGUGCCAAGAACCUGGUCAAAAAAAUAGCUGCUGCACUGUGGCUUGGUAUCAUUCACCAUGUGUGUGACAUUCCCACCUGGACUAUGGGAAAGUGUCAACAUGUGCACCUUAAAGAAAAGGCGUGGAUCCAGAAAGACUCCAGGUGCCACAAAGCUUUAGUGGACAUCAUUCUAAAUAAGCGUUGGCUGAAGCAUGUGCAUAAAUACCUGCUCUUCAGAUCAGCUGCAGACCUAGAGGCUUUCCAGAAUCAUAUAUUGAUGUAUGCCAGCAAGCGCUUCACCUUCAGUCCCCCAGUUUAUGAGGCAAGAGUUCUGCUUGCUGCUCUGGACUAUAACUUCCACCGGAACCGAUCAACAAUGAAAACAGCAGAAGGCAAAGAGAUUUUCAGAAGGCUGUACAAGAAAAACAGCAGAAGACACAAGUUAUACGCCCUGAAGUCUGGAAAAAUCUACUCAUACAUCUCUGAUCUGCAAGCAAGGAUUGUAAAGAGGAGAAUCACAAGUGGAGUGGCAAUGCCUAAAAAGAAGACCGUGCCUGCAGAUGUCCAGCAGCUGUUGGUGAUUAAAGAAGAGACUCCCUCUGAGUGGAGCCCCAGUCUGGACCAGGAGGAUCCAGAGCUCCUACACAUAAAAGAAGAACAGGAGAAACUCUGGACCAGUCAGGAGGGAGAGCAGCUUAAUGGACUGGAGGAGGCUGAUAUCACCAGGUUCCCAUUCACUGCUGUUCCUGUGAAGAUGAGGAAGAGAAACCUCAGUCUCCACAGCUUCAUCAAAGACAAACUGAGGACAACAGAGAGGCAGAGCCUUCAGCCAGCAGCUCAGCUACGCAGAUAAAAACAGAAACUGAUGGAGGAUCAGAACCUGCUGGGAACCUUGAUCCAGAUAGUCAUUUACAACCAGAUACUGAUGAAAAAGCUUCAGACACUGAAGUCAGUGAAAAUGACUGGCAAGAACCUUUGUCAGAUUCUGAAGCUGAAACUGAAGACAGUGACAAUGGUUGGAAGGAGACCAGAGCACCUGAGUCAGGUGUAAAUGCUCUGAAAUAUAAGGAAGCUCCUGUAAGUGAUGCAGGAUGUAAUGCUGGGAAAGAAUCAUUUAGCUGCUUUGAAUGUGGUAAACAAUAUCACCUCAAGGGGUCUCUUCAGAGACACAUGAAGUGUCAUUCAGGAAAAAGGUCCUCCAGCCGUCUGGUUAAUAAGAAAUGUUUCAGAGUGAAGGAAAAUGUAGAUUCACAGAUGAGAGUCCACACAGGAGAGAAACCACUUGGCUGUGAUGUUUGUGGUAAAAGAUUUUACCAGCAGGUACAUCUUAAGGAACACACGAGAGUGCACACAGGAGAGAAACCAU